CGAAAACGACAGUUUGAAACGAUAUUUAUUUAUUUAUUUGCUGUUGUCUGUGGUCGGUCGAAAUGAAGUUUUACCUGGUCUAUAAAAAUAACGGGCUGUACGAUCCGGUGCUGGACGACACCGAGCCGAUCUACGAGCCGAUAGACCCGGAAGAUUUCGACCGACCAUCUCAACCGACUGAGGUAUUCCAAAUACAACAGUUCCUCGACCCAACCAACCCCGACUAUGAUAAACCGGACCUUAAAGCAAAUGCAAACUUGUAUGAUGACAUACAAAAUCCUAACAAAGUCAAUGGCUACGGUGAUAUUAAUGAUCCUAGCUACAUUUUGUUAGGAACCCCAAAACUUUCUGAAUCCAGAUCACUAACUGCUUCCCCUUUUCUUUUAACUCCGAAACCUUACCGCCCCUUUUCAACUGAACCUUUAUGUGAUAUCCCCGAUUUAGAGGAUCCUAUAAUAUUAAACCCCAACUACAGUGAUGAGUUCGGAAGACAUGGUGAAGAUGAAGAAGUCAUUGAAACCAGGUUUAAAUUACCUAUUUCUGAACAAUAUGAUCCAGAUUGGAAGAAAAAGGAUCAGGAUAAAGUUAGAAAACGAACAGACGUAGUAGAGACCAGUGUAAAAGAGAUAACAGAAAGAACGACUAUAGAAACUGUAACGACGAAAAAUAUUGAACAGGUUAGCAAGUCAACAAUUGAAGAGUAUAAAGUAGACACACAACAGAUGACAAAAGAAGAAAUAGAAUUUACAAAGAAAAUGAAACAGGAAAUCGAUCUUGAUAAAAUUGAAAUGACCGCAACGAAUAUUGUGAAUGAAAGCAUUGAAACGGCAAUGACUGUUGCUGAAGAAAUAAAGAAAGAAAUAGACGUAGAACUCAUAGAUGAUGUAAGUAAUAAAAAUCAAGAAAUCGUCGAAGCGAAAUCUUAUAAAGAGUAUACUGAAUUAAGUACUGAAAAAGUUAAUAUCGAGUCUAAUGAAGUCUGUAUAAAAAGUGAUAUGAUAGAAUUAAAUUCUACAACUUCAGUAUCACCAAACAAAGAUACUAUUGUUGCUAAACAGGCUACCAAUGAAAUUGAUGCAAGAGACAAUGCCGAUAUAAAAGUAGCUAAAAUAGUCGAAAAGUUCAAAUCUUCUGAUAUUACAGAUCAUUCCAUUGACGAGAGGCGACAUUCUGUUAAGCAAGAAAUAGAAGAAACUAUCGAAACUGGGAGUGUUAGAAGGAAAUCUACAAUUUUCGACAAGGAAACAGUUUCCGAAGAGAGUACAAACAAAAAAGAUAAUCAAAACAAGAAAUCACUUCGGGAAGAUAAGUCAUCUCAUGUUCAAGAAUCAAUUACUUUUGAAACAACUAAUCAAAAAACUAGUAGAUCAAAAGUGACUGAUGAAAAUAUUACUUCUAAAUUACUAGCAGAGCAGAGAGCCUACACAAUUGGUUUACAGACUAUUCCGAAUAUUAGAGGAACUAUACAUACAAAUUACCAUUACAAUUUGCUAUUAAAAACAUUUUUCAUUCAUUUAACUGACGUUAUGGUAGCUUUAUCCAGAUUUAUACUGAGUGAGCCAGUAUUUUCAAACGAAAGUCAGGAAAAAGUUACUAAAACGGUAAGUAAAAAUGAAAAAUGUGAAAAAGAAAUAAUACAAGAAGAAGAGAGACAUAGAGAAACUCAAAAAGAUAUUAAAAUAUCUAGUGAAACAAAUACUCAAAAAGAUGAAAAAAUAGAAAUAUCUGCGGAUAAAAUGGUAAAAGAACAAAAGAAAUAUAUCAUUGAGGAAAAUAAAUCUACAAAAACAUUAGCAAAAGAGUUGGGACAGUUAACAAUUGAAGAAAACAAAAUUGAAGAUAUUCAACAAAGAAUAGAAGUAGAUGACAAGCGUAAUAUAUCGGGUUCUAAAAUGGCACAAUUGAGCGAUAGAAAAUCCGAAGAACUAACUAAUAAAAUGGAUGCCGUAAUAUCAGAAUUUCAGAAUAAAACUGGUAUAGAAGAAUCUGAAAUUACGGAACGUCGUAAAAGAAGAUCUAGAAGUCGUAGUCAGGUUGAAGAAGAAGUAAUGAAAGAGAGCGAUCCAUUGGAAUGGCUUGCAAAGAAUGAGAUUCACAGUUCGGCACAAAAUGUAACUGAAAUAACAUGUACUAAAGCCGUUAGUAGUGAAUUACAUUCUACAGUACAAAAGAAGUCUGUAACUCAUGAGUCAAGACAAGUAUCCACUCCUACGCCGAAAGAGAAACAAAUGUAUGUGGCGAUAGUCGAAGCUCACGUUUUUACAAAUAAGGAUGCAAUUUUUGAAGAAGAAUUGGCAGAAUUUUCUGAAACUGCAUCUGUUCAAAGUGCUGAUGAAGUUAACAUUGCUAUCGAAUCUAAUGAAGCUGUGAGUAUCGAAAAUGUGGCAAUGAAAAACAGAGAAGUUACAGAAGAAGUAGCUGAUUCUACAGUAGAAGAAGCUCACGCUACUUCAUCUAUAGAUACAAUAAAAGAAGCUAAAGUUCAGGUUGCACAAGAAGUUACUAAAACUAGUCUAGAAGAGGUUCAGCAGAAAAUACACAACCAAAAUUCAGUACAAACUGAAAUAAAAAGUGUAAAAGAUGUAAAUAAUAUCGAUAUUAGAACGGAACAAAUGUCAGUCAAAAAAGAAAGUACAACUAAGUCGGUAGUCGAAAAAUUAGAAGUUAUUAAUGCAAAUAAAAACGACAACGUUGAAAUUGAAGAAAUAGUUAAUGAAUCCUCUUAUAUUUCUGUUAACGAUAACGUAGCAAAUAGCAUUGAAUUACCUGCAGAAGAAUUUAUUUCAGUGAAAACAGAACAAUCACUAGAUGUAGAAGUAUCUGCCGAUAUUAAGGUUGAAAAUGUAAUCAAAGAGUUAGAGCCUCAAGUUGAAUCUACUGAAUUAAAAGUCGUGAAAGAACAUGUUAUAGAGGUGGACAAUCCUCCUGAAAUUGUACAAAAGUCGCAAACUAAAGUGGUACAAAUUGAAGAGUCACUUGACUUAUCUAAACAAGACACCGCAGUAUCUUUAAGCAAAUUUAUUGACAUAUCCGAGUCUAGUUCUUGUGAAUUCAUACAGGAGAAAUCUGAAAAUUAUAAAUCAGAAAUCAAGCACCAAGAAACCUCAUUUAAAGAAGAAUCUCUGAAAUCGUCUUCAUCAAAAUUAUCAUCACAGAAUCUCACUCUAAGGACCGAUCUAGCUCAACAACUUGUUUUGGAUAGACAAUCAUCAGUGCAAAGUGAUGAAAAUAAUAAUAUAGAUACUCCCACACCAUCCACUGUUCCGCCUACCCCUCUAACUGAUGAAUACGUGUUUAAACUCCAAAUACCACUUCCUAAAAACAAAGGCAUCCCAAUAAAAGAGGAUGAAGACCCAAAUAUUGUCAAGAAAGAAGAUUUUCAUGAAGAUCCCAACAUAGUUAAAAAGAAGUUAGUACCCCAUAUUGAAACAAAUUUGGAAUCUCCCAUUAUUUAUGACCCUCCAUUACCAACUCCUCCAGAGGAUAAAGUCCUUUCUCCGAUUUAUACAAAACCCGGAUUACGGGGAGGUGCUGACAAUUUUAAAGUGGAAGAAAUUUUGGAAAUUGGAAGAAAAUCGUCCCUUUUAGCAUCGGCCAUAGACGAAACCAUUAAAAGCAUAGAGGAAUAUAAAGAGCAAGCUGGUAUAGAAACAAGUAACAUGGACGACGACGUUGAAGAAUCAAAAACUGAAUAUACUGCAGCGAGAACGUUCGAGAGCUUCUCAAAAGAAGAAACCACCGUAGAAUUCAAACAGUCCAAAGUUGAAACAGACUAUAAAGUUGAGUUGCCUACUAUCGAUAAACAAAUAAAUAAUGCACAAAGUGAUACUGUGCAUUCUAAAGUCGAUAACGUUGAUAUCGUAGAAGUCGACGAUGAUCAAUCAAAAUCUGAAAUUGAAAACAAUUCUAAGCAAGGAAUCAACGGAAAAGUCGAAGAACUAUCAGAAAUUCAAGUAAAUGGCAGUAAUUUAGAAGAGAAAUUCAAGGUUGUGUCAGAUAUUUCUACUAUUGAUGGUAAACAGACAGAACAAUCAGAAAUUCAAAUAAAUGGCACUACUUUAGAAGAGAAAUUCAAUGCUGUGUCAGAUUUCUCUAUUAUUGAUAGUAAACAGACAGACACGGUUAUUGAUUUCAGUAAAGACACUUCUGAACGUAAAGAAAAUUGUCAAACCACUGAAAUUAACACACAAAAUGUAGAAUCUGGUGAUGGGAAAUUAUAUGAAAUCGCAUUAAAUAAUGAAAAUGAUAGUUUAAAAGAAGAAGAGAAGGUAGAUCCAUUACUAGGUUACAGACCUGUUGUAUUUAAUCCAGAAGAUAUUGUGAAACAUAGACAUUUCGAAAUGGUUGAGGAACAGCAGGAACCUGAGCAACCUUCUAGUUUGUACAUGACACCCACAGGAGAGAUUUUGGGUACAGUUCAGGGUAUAGUCGAUGGAUUAGAAGAAGCAGUCGUGGACGAAGAAGUUGCUAAAGAAUUAGGCAAGCCUGGUAUGACUGAGGAUAAGAUAGCAGAAUUGAUAUCUGGAGAAUCAGAGAUGCUGAGAGAGGCACACGUUAUGGGCGUCGACUUCAACAAGAUCAAGCCAAUCGUGGAAUCUCUGCACAAUUCCGAAGUCCUGAAAGCUUUGAAUGAGGAGCUGAUCAAGACACAGGAGGCCAAACGGAAAGAAGAGGAGAGGAAAUGGACUACGUUCCUGCAGAAACCGAAAAGGCCGGUGCCGAGGGCCAAAUAUGGGUAUUAUGCGUAUGUUGCACCCGAGGAACCGGAAAUAGAGUGUAGUGCUGAUCGUGUGAAAUUAAAUUUGGAACCUUAUAAAGUGAAAAUAGUGAAACAACCAAAACCAAAAGUUGCCCCCGAUUAUAAACCAGAGAACUUCGACACCGGUCCUCUGCCUUGGGAGGAAAGAGCUCUAAACGAGCCAACACCUCCACCUAUAGAGCCAGAAGAACCAAUAUUAGUGCCUGAAGAAGUACCAGAGUUUCUAGAAGCAGUAGAUCCGCUGCCAGAGAGUGAAGUUCCGGAUCUGGAAGAGACUGGUAUUCCCUUACCACCACCAAAACCUGAAACCGAAGACGUAGCUCCACCGGAAGAAGUCGUAGACGAAUCAGAAGAAAUUGCAGAAGUAAAAGAAGAUAUAACAGAACCUGAACCGGUGGUAGAAGAGACGCAGAAAGCAGAAGAUAUGGAGAACAAAAUAGCUAAUCAGCUUAUAGCCAGCGUUCAAAGUAUUGUUGACCCUAAUGCUACUCUGGACCAGCAGUUGUCUCAAAUGAGGGCUCAACUAGCAGCACUGGCCCAGUUGCCAGGGGUCAUCCAGCAGACCCUGGAAAUGGUGACGAAGCAGUUAAGCCAGAUUACGAUCCAGGAGUCUGUGGCUAAUCAGCAGUUGAUUGAAAAUGUAAUAGCGCAAAAUGAAGUGGAAAAUCACAUCGAACCAACUAUCAUAGAAGAAGUAAACGAGAACGGCAUAGAAGAAAGCGUCGAAGAACAAAACAUAGUUCAAGAAGAGAAAGAGAAUGUAAUACCGGAGAUGAAACAGCCAAGUCUAACGCAGGAAGAGUUAGAGAAAUUGAGGAAAGAAGAAGCUGAAAUGUUGGAAGAGCAAAGGAGAAUUGAGAAACAGAAGAAGGAUAUUAUAGAAGAAAUGAGGCAAGAACAGGAAUCUAGGCAGUUGAAACAAAGGCCCACGCCUCGUGUUGGGAAGCCUAGACCAGCGUUUGGGCCUAUCGUGCCACAAGAGCGUCCUCUAGUCUUACCUGGAGGUAGGAAAUGGAGGGGGCCAAAGGACGCCUACAACGAACAAUUCUUCGCUGAAACCUUGACCUCCCAAGCUGAGCUUAUACAAGGGAAAACUAAAGGGAUAUCAUACGAAAGUGCACUGCUACCAUUCGACGAGAGGAUCAACUUCAUGAAGUACGAAAAGCCUCCAGUCUCUCUGGACCACCUCCAGAACUCCGAUGUGUACAAGCUGGUCCACAACAUGGAUCAGACGCCGGUGAAGCGUGUUGAGAUGCUCACACCUGUUGUAGCGGAGGUCGACUAUAGACAGUUGGAAGUCCUUGUGGAUUUUGGAACAAAUCCCGUAUCAAAAUUAUUAGACAAAACACUGACAGAACUGAAGUCACAGGAUGGAGUCAAAGAGGCAAUAUACAAGGAUGGAGCAAUCAUGGUUGAAACAACACUUCCGAAUUCCGUUAUACUGGAUUUAGUGGCUAAAACAUCAGGAAAGCGGACUGUCUUGCAAGGUUUUGGAGAUACACAAUCAGCGGUGGCCAUGGUCACCAGCCAGUCAUGCUGCAGUGGUAAAGUGGUAGGUGUGGUCAGGUUCCAGCAGGCGGGCGACGGUGCGCUGGUAGCGGACGGCAGCAUCGACGGUCUGACCACCGGCCCUCAUGGUCUGCACGUUCAUGAAGUUGGUGACCUUAGCAGGGGUUGUCAAUCUAUAGGUGAUCAUUUCAAUCCGUACGAUUCACCACACGGCGGGCCGCAAGACCCCAAAGAGCUGAGACACGCCGGCGAUUUGGGGAACAUUGUCGCAGAUGAGCAUGGAAGGGCCACGUUCAGAAUACAGGAUAGUGUACUGAAAAUCUGGGACAUCAUAGGUAGAUCUGUAGCUGUGACAGAGAGGCAAGAUGACCUGGGACGAGGCGGGUCGGCUCAAUCCAAGAUAAACGGAGACAGUGGAGGCCCAGUCGCGUGUGGCAUAAUUGCUCGAUCAGCGGGUGUAUUCCAAAAUCCAAAACGCAUAUGCGCAUGCGACGGCGUCGUAGUAUGGGACGAGAGAGACAAACCCCUAGCGGGGAGAGGGAGAAGAGAAGAGAAGGAAAAUAACCAGAAGAACUGUUCAGGAUGUUGUAAUAAGGAAAUAAAGAAGCAAGAAGAACCAGUGAAGCCGUGUUGUAAAGUUUAAAUUUGUGGGUAAAAAAAAACUUAUAAAUAAAGUUUUUUUUCUUUUC